AUGCCGACGUUCGUCAAGCUCUUCCACACCACAGCCAAUUAUGGCAAAGUUAUACCAGUGCCGACACGCUCGAAUGAUCCGGACAUUGGUGUGCCGGCAUUGUGGGCCAUGGUGGUUCCGCACGGUGAUAGGUCGAUGCGGAAAGGCAAGGGGAAAGGUACGAAGGCGUCCCUGUCUGAACCUUGUUGCAAGCAUCACCUUCGCACAGUGUCUCUUCCGCAGGCGCAGUUUAUUGAUUGGGCUGGCGAAGACAGAGAAUCUGAGUGGAGCCUUUUCUUCGUUGGCGAGCGGCCUGGCGACAACAGUUAG